GCAUUAGAACACCAACAUGGCGACGAUAGCAGUUUUCAGGGCAGAAACAACGGCGUCUGUAGCCUCAAGCUUUGAACAGCUUCACCCAAAAGCGAAACAAAAGCAGAAAGAUAAGGCCAAAGAAACUUCUGAUCCGCUUAAAGUCUUGGAUCCUGCGAGGAAAAAGCUCACAUCGGUGGAAGCACAACGAGUAAUAGCUGUGGUCGAUGAUUCUAUCAAAAGAUUGGAAUUAGUUUCGCUGCUUCCUUACAUCAUUGAAAACUUGAACCGGUUCUCUGUUAUCCUUGGAUCUGACCUAGUUCAAGUCCUAGAAGAGCAUGAUCGACUACAAUCCUCCUAUCAGAGAGCGAUUUCCAAGUUUACUCUUGAUCAAAGACGUAGCCAGUCUGCCUCUCCUACUCCAUCACACGUUUCAUCACGGAGAUCAAGCGAAGCCUCGCAAGCUACUUUGGAAAAUGAAGACGUCCUUGCUCUUCGGGAAAGUAGGCAAAGUUCUGCUGGGAGCAAACAAUCGACGUCCUUAAAACAAGGUCGUUUAAGCCCUUUAGAACAAGCAGGCAAUCAAGACGAAACUUUGGAUCUGAAGAUGGUCCAAGCUCUAAGCGCACAGAUAAAACAUUCUGUCAGGACAAUCAUGAGAUUGUUUGCUUCUAAUCCAGCCGCUGUGAAUUCACUGAAAGACUUGAGGAACGAAAGGUCGAUGGAAGUUAAUGGGAUGAUCGAUGAAAUAACCACAUUGAGAGCGAUUUUGUUCGAGAAACUCUUGACAACACCAAGCGAGGAAAAGGAGAGAAAACAGUAUUUAAAGCAGAUUGUUGCUAGGGAAAUGAAAUCCAGCGAAAGUGGGCGCAAACUUCAAGAGGAGCUGAAAAGAGCCAUAGAUGACAAAGAAAAUGAGGUAAAAUGUUGGCGUUCAUUUACUUCCCUCAAGUGUUGGCAUCCCCAUAAAACAGGCCCAGGGUCAGGUGGGUAGAGGUUUCCUGAGGGGGCCUUCAAAUCCACACCCUGUUUUAGACCCUGUUAGGACAAGGGGCCUUAUUUCAUUAGACUGCUUGCAGUCUGCCUUUUCUCUAAAAAUCCAUCCAGUUCUUAUUUCACCCAGCAUGAUAAUUUGCAAAAAACGACAUUACAAUAAGGGAUUAGGAUGCAACGAGAAAGGACAGACUGCAGACUCUUUUGUAGUAAACAUACCCCCCUUCAUUCCAGAAAUGGAGUAGCUGAUUGGUCAAUUGUACAGCUGUCAAUGGUCUUUGGUAGGAGAUAGCUGGCGAUAAAAAAUAGUCACACAUCACAACUAACUUAUUACGAACAAUAAUGAACCAAGCAGUUAUCGCAUAUAAGCUAAAAGGUAUGAGGAUAUCUUCCUUAAGAAAAACAGAAGGAAACUGCUCUAAAUUUUCUAAAUGGAAGGAAAGUCAUAGCCUGCAAAAACUGCCAUUUCUCCUUGCUCUUCGCCACUGGGGACAUUUUACACAGAGGAACGUCUGCUAUUCAGCGACAGAAAUUCCAAACUGAUGAUGUAAAUCAAUGUUUACAUAAUAUAUCCGGUAGUCCUGGGGUUCCACAUCCAAAUUUGUUCAAUUUUACGUUUCUCCUGGUUGAUUUUACUAAAGUGUUGCGUUCAUCUGCAAACAAGUCCCAGAAAAACUCAACUGCUUCUUCUAGAGAAGAAUAUAUUCCACCAAUUUUGACUGUUUUGUGAGAGAUUCAUCGCAUUUACAUUUUACCUUUGUAGCCUUUUGUCUUCUGUCUGUCAUUCGCAAACAGUAGCUAAAACAAUGUAACUACUCAGUCGACUAAUCAGCGCUUCUGACCGGAUUCCCGACAGAUUUUACACCAUCAGUAUUGAAAUUCUGCCACUGAGUCGCAGAUGUUAUUCUGCGCUAUUUGUCCUCAGCAGCAAAGAGCGAGGAGAAAAAGCUGUUUUCGUAGGCUAGGAAGGUCAUGGCUAUCUUAUAGGAUUUAAAAAAAGUGUAAUUUGGCUCAGAUUACUCAGGUUUAAUUGGUUGAUAAAAUUACCUUCACUGACUGUUUUGUUGUCCCCAGACAGAGCAAAAGAGUCAUCAGUCUCUUAUUUUUUCUUCUCGGGCUUAUGCCCUCCUUCGUUACGGCUCACAGCUUCACUGCUCGCUGCUCGCCUGCAUGGGUUAGGUGUGGAGAGUAACUUUGCAACGAAAAAUAAGAGACUGCUCACAGUCAAUUAUUUCAUAACCCUGAUUUAUUUUCUUUUCCAUACAAAAUUAUCCAAUUCGCCUCGUGGAUUGCCCACUUAAUUUCUAAAGUGUUUCAUUUGUAGAUUUCCAAAAGAAAUGACAUCAUUCGCAGACUAAAGAAUGACAUAUAUGUUGUUGAGAAGAAUGCAGAGGAGCAAAGUCGCAGAAUCAUCACAGAUGCUGCCAAACAGGACGCAGCAGAAAUGAAAAACUCAGAUAGCAAGAAAUCUAAACUUCAACAGGAAAUUAUUGAACUGAAAAAGAAACUCGAGGGAGACACAGUAGGUCACAGGGAAAGUGAACUGGCCUUGAGAAAAGUAGGUGUUUAGUUACAUUUGUAGUUAACCCCAAUAUCAACAUUUAUAUUCUCCUCAUGGUUCUUCAUACAUUUCUUUUGAUACUGCUUGAGACAAUUUGCUCAAAUAUCAAGCAUUCUCAUCAUCUGUAUGUUUUAUCACGCAUUGUUAUUAUUUAGAGAAACUGGAUGCUAGUUGCAGUAUAUUGAGGCUGAAAGGGUAAACUAAGUGUUUAAACAAUUAACUUUAAAAUGCAAUGUACUUUAUCAACCUCCAAUAGGUCUAAUGACUUAUUUUCAAGCCCAUUUGAAAGGGGAAUGCUUAGUAGAGGAAAGCUGGUAGGUUAAGUAUUCUUGUUAGGGAGCUUUUAAGCGUAAAAGCAACCAAGACAACGACGACAGCAAAAUCAUCAAAAAUAAAUUGGUUUUAUGAGCAAAACAACCGCUCUGCAAGAGCAUCACGCUUUUUAGUACAUUUCCUUGACGUCCACAGCACGAGACAGUACGACCUCAAACCUCCAAAUACGAAGUUUUAGGGAGGACGUGAACGUAGGAAGAAGAAUUUGCCUUUCUCUUUUUGAAACCGGAUAAAAUCUUCAAGAAUUCAACACCAGGAGAAAAUCGCCUAGACAAAUUGAAAUGGUCAACAUAGACGCGAUAAAGUUUGAAAAAAAAACGCAAAUUCAUUUUUUAGGGAUUUUUUCACUGCCGUCGUUGUCAUCGUUACUCAAGCUCUCUCUUCAUAUUUGGCGGACUAGGAAAAGGAUUAGAAGACUUCAUGACAUGUAAUGGUUAUUCGAAGUGCCCUACUACAAACGUUUGCAGGGCUUUGAAAAGUCCUUGAAGAAACUCUGGCUCUGAAGUCCUUGAAACUCAUAACAAAUUACAAAUCGCUUUCAAAGGUCCUUGAAUUUUUCUCAACAGUCUGAUAAACCUCUUUGAAAAUAAGACAUCAGAACAGCCUUUAAUAGGAAACGGAUUACACUCAUAGAUGUGCAAUGGUUUCCCAGUGUGGGUGAAUUAAUGCAAAUACGUUUUAGGAUCGCAAUCUGAACAUUUUCCCAGAUUUUCUAUCGGAAGGUUUUCUUUCUUUUUUUAUUUUGCAUUCUAAAUAAAAAUGACUAGCUUGGUGCCUUUUUGCUGCACUGAAUCUCAUCAUCAUUCAUCCAAUUUUUUAUUAUAGCGCAAGUACAGGAUAGAAACAGAAGUUGAGAACUGGAUUCAGAAAUAUGACACAGAUAUGGGAGAAAGACAGGUACCUUACUCUCACAAAACAUAACCGCCCGUGCGGAUCCACGUCCCGUGAACCGCUUGUGACGUCAUCAGUUCAGUCGGUUUCUCAAACCAUUCUCAAAUCAGCACGAUUCAGUCAAGGAGGACCGAGAAAAAGGCAAAAAAAACUGUUUCGUUGAACCGAAAAUCCCCAUGAAAAUCUUGUUCCACUAUCCACUUACCCUUUCCUUCCGUCUUAUCCUGGGAUCCAACCUAAGAGCUUUUCCAAAAACUUUUCCCAGUGGAAUGAACAUGUAGCCUACUAAAUACCCAGCAAAAGGGGAAAAACGAGGCAAGAAAAGCGCGUAAGCGCGUAGCAUGGCGGUUUUGGUCGGGCCGUCGGGCGUACAAACGAGCCAAGGAGGGCCAGGGCUUGCAAAACAACAACUUUGCACGUGCAUCACGCUUUUUUGUACAUUUCUUUGCCGUUCCUGUACGACUACGACGUGAAAUGACCAAAUUUUAAGUUUUUUGAGGACGAGAACGGCUAACCGAUAAAUUUACCAUUUCUGUCUGAACUUGGGCGCGGUCCCCUCUCUUCAUCUCCAACCCUAAAUUCCCUUUUUUAAGUAACUGGGCGACUUGGGAUAAUCGCGAAAAAAAGUGACAGGAUGCGAAGCCUAUUUUUCAGGGACGUUUUCACGGAGGUCGCCGUUGUCGGAUCGUAAGGUCCCUUCCGGUGAACUUACGCAAAAGGACGGCAGAUGAAAGAAGACGGCAGACCUUGUGUGACAAGCGUGACAAAACUUUUGUUGGAAACAACUUUUCGCCAAAUUUCAUUUUCCUUUAAACAGAUCUAUUUGUAAAGAACCAGAGAAUAUUGUCCUCUUCUUCAAGCCUUCCUGUUGCGUAAAGUCACUUUUAAGUCCCAAUGGUUCCAGUAAACGAACCAUUAACUGGGAGCUGCACUGUUUGCGUUGUUUGCAGGAUGAAUUCGACGCCCUAGACGCCAUUUACACCGAAGAAAAGAGACAACUUAGUGAACUAGAAGAGCGAUUCAAGACGCUGGAAAAGGAAUAUUUAGAGAUCAUGGAGGCAAGAAGGAUAGCUAAAGAGAAAGCAGAGGCAGCCGAGAGAGAACUGAAUCUUAAAAUACGUGCUGCGAGGUUGAUUCAGUCGCUUUGGCGGGCGCAUAAGGCCAGAAAAGCGCUCAAGAAUAAAAAGAAAAAGGGAAAAGGAAAGAAGGGAAAGAAAAGUGGUGGAAAGAAGAAAAAGAGGUAGUUUGGAUUUUGUUGCAACGGUGAUGCGCCUUGAUUGGAAGCUGUGCGCAACAAUCCAAGCGAUAAUCAAUCAAAGGUGGCAACAAAAAUGCCCCCGCCUUCAGCUCCUGAAAAGAAUAUAUCCCGUAAACUUUUUCAUUCUGACAAUCGCUUUAGCUGUCAUUUCGCCCACGCGUCGGUUCGCAAACGUCCCGUUCAGUACUGUCUAAAGUCGUUUCGAUUACGAAACAAAACAGGCGCUACUCAUAUAUAUAUAUAUAUAUAUAUCUCCUUCUUUCAGCCCUGACACUAAAAUGUCUGAUACACAUGUGUAUACUUUGUUCUUUAAUCCUUUGAUCAGGCGAAAGAAGCUAGCGAACUGACCAAACUCGAUGGCGAACAGGACGUUGGCGAAACGACUCGUAGGAGAAUUGAUCUUUAAUCGAAAUUUUUCUUUCGGAUGGUGUUGUACUAGGUUACGUCUCGUGUUUUUAUCUCGCAAUGGCGCAACAAAACCGUAAGACAAGUUACAGGAACAACUAGCCUGUCCAUAGACUUCUUUUUUUCGACCAUUCGACAGCGCGCGCGAGCGAGCGCGGAGGGCAAGAAAAAAAGGAAGGAAGGAACUUUCCCCCAAACCCCUUGUCGUUUCGAUGAAUAAAUCCCUCGCAGUUUUUAUUUUCAUACGCGCGCUCGACGAUCUCUGAAGAGAAAAUAGAGAGUCUGUGAACAGGCUAAAGAAAAACUGCCUGUUAUAACGGUACGAAUUAGAUUACCGUGUCCGCAACUUUUUUAUCAGGGAAAAAUUAGUACAAGAUACAUGACGGUUGUACAGAAAUAUAUUAAUGUACUACAAUUAGUUAUAGCAGUGUUACAAUGCUAUCUUACACCUUACCUCUCUAU